UUCAAUUUUCAAGUUGGCCACAUUUCACAGUAACAUUACAUUUUCACAUCUUCCUGUCCUUUUGCAUAAGAUCUACAACUCAGUCAGUAGUCCCAGUGAGCAGCAUGUCAGCUGUUGGCAUGAUCUGUUUGGCGGGGGAAGGGAGGGGCAGGUUGAAUUUCAGGCCCUAAGUGUGGUUCAUUUGCACAUUUCUAUAUAUAGAUGGACAGACAGUAGCUGAUAACUUGUGACAGCUGAGGAAGGAGGCCACACCAAAGAGGCACAUCCUCCGCCAUUUCUCAUUUAGAGUAACGGUGUUAAUACAGUCAGUUCAGUUCUGCAGUGGGAGAGGACUAGGACACCCCUCCCUUCUACUGAAAUCACAUCAAACCAUAACAAGAUGGCCUCCAUGUCAGUGGACCCAGUGACAGAGCCGCGGAUGUACCAGCAAACGCUCCUACAAGAUGGGCUCUGUGAUCUCCUAGAUGCUAACAAGUUUGUGGACUGUGUUCUGAAGAUCAGAGACAAAGAGUUUCCUUGCCAUCGGCUAGUGCUAGCCGCUAGCAGCCCUUACUUCAAAGCUAUGUUCCUGUCAGACCUAGAAGAGAGCAAAAAGCGGGAGAUUGUUCUAAAAGACAUCGAACCUGGGAUCAUGGGAAUGAUCCUGAGGUACAUGUACACCUCGGAUAUCAACCUGACUGAGCAGAAUGUCCAAGACAUUUUUAUGGCGGCCAACAUGUACCAGAUUCCGUCAAUCUUCAGCGUGUGUGUGUCGUAUCUGCAGCAGAAGCUUGUUCUCAGUAACUGUCUGGCCAUCUUUAGACUGGGACUGUUGCUGGACUGUCCACGUUUGGCCAUGGAGGCACGGGACUUCAUCUGCGACCGGUAUCCCCUCAUCAUUCGGGACCAAGACUUCCAUCAGCUGGGUCCCAGUGAGUUGGCGGCUAUCAUCACAUGUGACUCCCUGAAUGUUGAACGAGAAGAGGCAGUGUUUGAAUCUCUCAUGGACUGGGUGGAGUAUGACACGAGUGAGAGACUGAAAGACCUGCCAGAACUUCUACACUGUGUACGUUUCCGUCUUAUGUCGACAAGUUACUUUAAAGAGAAAGUCGAGGGGCACAAAUUGAUCGGGAUGGAUCAGGAGCUCAAGAAGGAGCUCCAGCUUAUCAAGGAUGCACAGAAAGGACUGCUACAUAGGGUCAAAAGGUCAUCGCACAGGAAGGAAGGCGAGGCGGCGGAUUCUGAAGAUGAGGAUGACGAGGGUUUGCUGCCGGGGAUCCUAAAUGACAACCCACGUUUUGGAAUGUUUCAAACAGACCUUAUAUUGAUGAUUAGCGAUGCAGGAACAGUGGCGUAUGACAUUGGUGCAAACGAGUGCUAUAUGGCGUCUUCAUCCACCGAGAUCCCUAAGAACCACUGCAGUCUUGUCACGAAGGAAAACCAGAUCUUCGUCGCUGGAGGUCUGAUGUACAACGAGGAGAACAAAGAACAGCCGUUCAGUUCGUACUUUCUUCAGUUUGAUCCCAUGAGCUCUGAAUGGCUGGGGAUGCCCUCACUACCAAACCCUCGCUGUCUGUUCGGUCUGGCUGAGGCUGAGAACUCCAUCUAUCUGGUGGGAGGAAAAGAGCUGAAGGAGGGAGCACGUGCACUAGAUUCUGUAAUGAUCUACGACAGACAGUCAUUCAAAUGGGGAGAGUCGGACCCUCUUCCGUAUGCAGUUUAUGGACAUGGAAUCGUUUCACACAAAGGGCUGGUCUAUGUGAUAGGUGGAAAAACUGAGAGCAAGAAAUGCUUGAAGAGAGUCUGUGUCUAUGACCCCACUAAGUUUGAAUGGAAGGAUCUGGCACCCAUGAAAACUGCCCGCUCGCUGUUCGGCGCUGCUGUUCACAAAAACAAAAUCUAUGUGGUGACUGGAGUUACUGAUAGCGGCCUGACUAGCAGUGUGGAAGUCUACGACAUCGCCAGCAACUCCUGGUCCGAGUUUGUGGAGUUCCCUCAGGAGAGGAGCUCUCUUAACCUGAUCGAGCUGGGCGGCUGCUUAUAUGCUGUGGGGGGUUUUGCUAUGAUGCCCAAAGAGACCACCGAAAAAAUGGAGCCCACUGAAAUGAAUGACAUUUGGAAGUUUGACGAGGAGGAGAACUGCUGGAAUGGGAUCCUGAGGGAGAUCCGUUAUGCUGCAGGAGCCACAGUGCUUGGGGUGCGUUUGAACACCUUGAGACUCACAAAGUUGUGAUCUACAGUUGUCAUUAAUAGACAAAAUAA